AUGCCUCCACCGUGUGCCAUCAAAACAUGCAAACGUAAAUCACGAGCAUUAUGCCAUUGUUGCAACAAGAAUCUUUGUCCUGAUCAUUUGAAAGAACAUGAUGAUUUGAUCAAUUCUCAAGUAAAUCCUCUUGUUGACGAAAUUAACAAUCUUAAUAAUCAAUUGUCGGCAUUAAAUAUUGAUAAAGUUAUUAGCAAAUGUCGUCAAAAAUUAGAUAAAUGGCGUCAUGAUUGUCAUAUUAUAAUCGAUCGUUUUUAUGAAGAAAAAUGUCAAGAACUUCAACAACGUUGUGUUCAACAAGUUGGUCAAAAACGAAAAAAAAUUCAUCAAUUGAAAUUAAAAACAAACGAACUUGUUCAAGAACAAGAAGUGACACGUGACGAUAUUUCUUCAUUGAAAGCAACUAUUAAUGAUAUCAAACGUGAUGUUAAUCAAUUUGAAGAGAAUGGCAUUUUAGUUGAUGUUUAUCCUUUAAUUAUUAAUCAAAAUUUAGUUUAUAUUGAAGAAUGGACAUUGAAUGAACUUAAUAGUUCAACUCUUUCGUCUCCUUAUCGAACAAUCGAUUGUUCCCAUGAUAAGUGGCCUGUAUUGGCUAGCAACAAUCAUUUUUUACUAUUAGAUCAAUAUCCAAAUUUAUGUUUGUUUAAUAAAGAAUUGACUCUUUUAAAACAAUCCCCAUGGGAAUAUGGUAGCAUUCUUGAUAUGUGUUGGUCAUCGACAUUAAGCAGUUUUAUAAUUAUAACAAACAAAAAUGGAGUUUUUCUGAUUAACGAAAAUCUAACAUCAAUUGAAUACAUUCAAAUGAUCGAAAAGAAACAGUGGCUGUCUUGUACAUGCUCAGAUACAUCUCUAUUUCUAACCACGAAUAAAUCAAGUUCUAAUAUUUUUCAAUUCAAUCUCUUACCGUCCUUUCAUUUCGUCAAACAAUGGAAACCUCCACAAACUUGUAACUAUGACGAAUUUAUUCAUAGCAUUGCUAAUAACAAUGGAACACUUGCUUUAAUAAUAUCAUACAAAUGCAAAACGGCAAUGCGUCUAGAACUUCGAUCUUCAUCAACAUUCGAUCAACUCUGGUCACUCUCAUUUUAUACAAUGUGUAGUAUUGAGCAAUGGGUAAAUCAUGUUUGUUUACUCAAAUAUGACGAAUGGCUUGUAAUCGAUCGUAAUACUUCACGUCUUUUACAUGUGAGUAAAGAUGGAAAAGUAAAGGCAAAAUGGUCAUACAAAGGAAUAGUUUAUAAUGCUGUUUUAUUUGGUUCAAGUAUAUUGGCUAUCAGAACUGCAAAGUGCCUCAGCUUGUAUAGAGUAUAA